CCUGCGCAAAAGCGUUUGGUCCCGGAAGUGCAGACGCUUGUAUGAGAAGAGUAUGUUUGUUUCUUCUGUACGCUGUGAUUAAUUUACAUGGAAAGAUGACGAGUGUUGAUUUAUCUGAAACUGCCAACUGGCAGAACCACGAAAUUGAGAGUUUACUGAAUAUAUGGUCGAAGAAGGAUAUUCAAAAUGAACUGGGUAACAUGCAUCAAAACUUGCCUGUCUACGAAAAAAUUUCCACUCAACUUGCUUCACUUGGAAUCAAUCGAUCAGCGAUAAGUUGUCGAGAUAAAAUCAAGAAACUUAAGUUCAAGUACAGAAGAAUAAGAGAGAAAAAGGGCUACAGGAAGAGUAGUUUUAAAUUCUAUGACAUUCUUCGGUCUGUGUUGGGAGACAACAUCGAGGAAGGAGGGGAUGGGUACCCACAGCAUGUGCCUCAUCAGCCACGCCCACAUCCCCACCAUGGUGAUCAGGCUAAUGGACACGGAUCACAUUACUAUCCUCAAGAAUAUGACAAAUCAAGAUUUAGCCCAAGUGUAAUAAGCAAUGACAAUAAUAGCACCGUCUUGAGUGAUUCUGAUUCUGAAAGUGAGUAUGAUUAUCUGAAAGGGGAUUUAUCAGAUGAUGAUUAUGUCCACGAGGAAAUGUCAUCUCAAUAUAGUGAGGCUCAGCCAUCAUCUAGUGCAACACAACAAACAGCAAACCCAGUGCAUGACAGUGGAGGAGCUGGUAGCUAUGGUAAUAUGUUUAUGCACGGAGGAGGACCUAGUGGGACAGGUAGAUUUGCAUCAUCCAGUAAAACCGACAGUGUGCCAAAAGAUGAUCCUGCCACGUUUUGGCAACAAAUGAACACAGGACCACUCAAUGCUGCUCGAAUGACAAUGAGAAGACGGGGAGACUGUAUGAGAGGAGGAUUUGGGUUUGAUAGAGGUUUUGGAAUGAUGCAUCACCAUUUUAACCCCUAUAUGGGCCAUGGACAUAGGUUGCAUAGAGGGGGAAGAGGGGGAGGAAGGAAGAGAGCUCGACUCGAGCAGACUUUUGAUUUGAUGUUGAACAAAGUAUCUCAAAUUCAGAAAGACUUGCAAGACCGUUUCCUAGCCUCCCAUGAGAAACAGCAGCAGCAACAUUUCAAUUUUGAACUGCAGAGACAAGAGAUUGAAAAUAGGCAUAGAGAGGCAGAAAGGAAACAUGAGAUGGACAUGUUCCAGCUGAUGGUCAGCUCCCUCCAUCAACAUGGAAACCAGUUAAACCAUCAACUUGGAAAUAAUAUGGUCGCUAAACACAGAGCCAGUACUCCAAACUCACCACAAACAACAUUUCCAGGGAAGCCGCACACAAUGUCCUUAGAAGAAGUGAAAGCCACAUGGCGGACGGCUGAUAUCGUUUGUUUUGAUGUCGAUUCAACCGUAUGUAAAGAUGAGGGUCUGGAUGAACUGGCAGGUUUUUGCGGUGUCGGGGAGCAAGUAGCAGCAUGGACAAGAAAGGCCAUGGGCGGAGACGUCUCGUUUCGUGUGGCACUGAGUGAGAGGCUGAAUAUUGUGAAACCAUCACGACAACAGCUCCAGGACUUUAUAGCCAACCAUCCCCCUCAACUUAGUGAUGGCAUGAGUGACUUGGUGAGUGCUCUAAGACAAAAGGGUCGAAUCGUGUAUCUGGUUUCUGGAGGGUUCAAGCCUAUUAUUGAACCAGCAGCUCAUCUUUUAUCAAUUCCCACCGAAAAUAUCUUCGCCAACCAACUCAAGUUCAGUUUUACAGGGGACUAUGCAGGAUUUGAUGAAGACCAGCCAACAUCGGACUCAGGCGGCAAGCCCCGCGUGAUGCAGAUGAUCAAGGAUCGUCAUAAAGACAACAAACUGGUGAUGAUAGGGGACGGAGCCACAGAUCUGGAAGCAGCUCCACCUGCUGAUGCGUUCAUUGGAUAUGGAGGGAAUGUGGUCCGGGAAAGCGUCAAGUCCAGAGCUGCAUGGUUUGUCACAGACUUUCAGGAACUAAUCACAGAACUCAACUCAGCUAGCUAGUUGAUAACAGUGUUAGACAUCACCCAGUAUUGCACCAUUUCUUAUAUCUGUUUAAAUGAUCUUAUAUUUGUUUAAAUUAUCUUUUAUCGCUUUAAAUGAUCUUAUAUUUGUUGCAAUGAUCAUACAGAUGGGAGCACAUGGAAAAAAGUUACCAAUCAUAUUGAGAAGAUGAAGGAAGGUUGGACGUUCGGCUUUUGGACAAGACAUACUAUUCUCAUACUGAUUUUAAGGGUCAAGUUAGGACAUCGGCUUAUCUAUGUGAUAGGCUAAUCUUCAGUCAUAAGUUGUCAAUUAGUAAAUGGUAUGAUUUCAAUAAAAGUAAUUCCCAGGUUGUAAUUACGAAUUAGUUUUCAUCAAGUAUAAAUGUUCGGAAAUGUCCAAGAAAGUUUAAUCAUAUAUUUUAGCGCUAUGUCAUUGAAAGGGUUAGAUGUUAUUGUUUUGAUGAUUUGGCUAAUACGCCAACAUCCGCUGUAUGUUGAGUUUUUUUCUACUUAAGCAGACAUUUCAGGUACACUUUUACCUCAUCUAAUUUGACGUCACCUGUAUGACAUUAAGCUGUUAUACUUUUUAAAAUUAUAAAUUUUUAUCUCUGUUUAUACUUAGCAGGUGGCCUGUUAACUUUUACAGAUAUAAUUGUGCUGUGUUUUGUUAUUUCAUUAUGUUGUUAUGAACUCAAGAUGAUCAGAAUUAAUUCCUAUUUGUAACAUAAUGCAUAAAUUGAAGUUUAUGAUGGACAGUAGGAAUGUAAAUAAAUGUUUGUAUUGGAUAAACAGUUAAAGUGAA